AUGCAGAACAGCAACAAGUCAUUGUCUCAAGCAAGCCCGUUCUUUCUGUCGAUCACCAUCCGCUUCUACAUUUCUCACCAUGCAGAAGACACCGAAACGGCGCCAGCCAACCAGGAGCAAGUCCUCCAGCACGUCCUCCAAAGACCACAGUGCAAAGUCACAGAGAUCCUACCACUGGUCCUACAAGCCUUGUCCAACUCCAAGAACCCUGAAGUGCGCCACUUCCAUCAUAAACUCCAGGAGGAUCUCGAGCCAGCGGCAGAAGCGCUUGAUGAGCUUCUCAAAGCUUUCGCAGCUCUCGCAGAAACCAUCUCCAAGCCAGAUCUCGACACCAACGACAAGACCAAAGCUCUACACGCAGAGAUCAUCGAAGGAGAUCAAUCCAUCUGCGAGUUCAUCGCGGAGAGACUUGCCAAUGCUCUGACAUUCUGUUACGGCCAUCUUGGAAUCGAAUCCAUUCGUCAAGGUGAGACCCACCACACGUCCCAGGUCAAGCGCACCCGAUCGUCCUCUGGCGUCCGCGCCAUCGAGACGCCCACCCAGGACGACCCACAACCACCACCAACCAAACGCGCCAAGCUCACUCAAUCGACAGUCGCCACAACUGAUCACCCCAUAGCACAAUACCUGCUCAUGAAGACUCCAGCACUACACAUCCUGCGCGCAGCCGGCAUCCACCCCACACACCCACCCCUAAACGCCCACCUUGCCUGCCUCCUCCCACAGAAGCUCGGCGACGUCCCCAAACCCUUCCGGCGAGAAGUCGACGACCUCCGACGCACCGGCGAGCUCAUGUACUGCGACGAGCUAGAAGAGGCGUUGCGCGUGGGAGCGUUAGUCGAUGGGCAUUGCGCUGGCGGCGGACGACGUGCUGGAUGUCAAGAAGAGGUGGGCGAAGAUGCCGUGAGGAAUCCUGCCGGGACGAGGCUGGCCGUAUACCAGGAUGUGAUGGUUCGGAUGAUGGAGGGUUGGUGGGCGGCGAAAGACGAGGUGGAAGCGGAAGCAAAGAAGCAAAGCCUGGAAGCAGCAACAGCAGGAGGCGGAGAGGGAGAGAUGGUCCAAGACAGCAAUGCGACUCAGCCAGAGCAAGAUGAGCAGCAGGACGAGCUGCCAGCACGAAUGACAGCAGCGCUAGCAGGAGAGGUGAGUAACGACUCGUGUGAGGCGGAGGAGCAAUCGACGCCGAAGGACGACAGCCACACGGGAGACCGAUCGCAUUUCCACGAGCAAACAGUCCAAGAGGUGGUCGACAUUCAGGAGCCGCAAGUGCUGAUGACCUGUAACGAAGAGGUAGAGGCCCCUGCGGCAGAAGAAGAGGACGCGCCAGGAGAGAAGGAUACAGAGAUGGAGGCCUGA